AUGGCUCGUGCUUGUCUUUUAUUUGAGGCACUAGAGAUUGAGAACCGUGAAAACCAACGGCGUCACAGCCGCGUUACAGCACGACUGAGACGUAGACUUCGAAAUCAAGCCGAAGCUUUGGCGCUUUCUGAUACUGACUUCAAAGCCAACUACAGACUUACUAAGGAGCUGUUUAAACAUUUAUGCUCAGAGUUAAAACCAUUCAUGGUUCGGUUGAAAAGGAGAACAAAAAUCUCUGUAGAAUGCAAAGUGCUUACAGCUCUCUCAUUCUAUGCCACAGGCUCUUAUCAGAAGCCUGUUGGCAUGAGCUACUUGCAUGGGCUCAGUCAAGCUAGUGUAUCUAAUGCUGUGAAAGAAGUGACUAGGGCAUUAAAUACACACAGUAUACUGACCAAGUACAUACAUUUCCCUCAUUCUCGACAAGAAAGACAGGCAAUAAUAAAUGGCUUUUCAAAUAAAUUUGGUUUUCCUGGUUGCUUGGGUUGUAUAGAUGGUACCCAUGUAGCUCUUAUUAAGCCAACAGAGCAUGAGGAGAGAUUUUUUAAUAGGAAACAUUACCAUUCACGAAAUGUUCAAAUGAUAUGUGAUAGUGAUUUAAAUAUUUUAAAUAUUGAUGCAUCAUUUGGUGGUGCUUCACAUGAUGCAUACAUAUGGAAAAAUGGUGAAAUUCAGAGCCAUCUCCAAGAGCUUCACAGUAGAGGUGAAAAUGUCUGGUUUCUAGGUGAUUCUGGAUAUCCACUGAGGCCAUGGCUUUUAACUCCAAUUGUAAAUGCAGAACCUGCUGUGGGUGCUGAUGCAGAACAACAGCUCUUGGCCAGUGGGAUACUACAAAGAGACAGAAUAGUGCAACGAUUGUGGUCAGCCCCCAGACAA